AUGUUUAUUCUAACAACCUUCGAGGAUCUGGUCCAAAUACCACCUCACGGACUGGUCAACAACAAAAUCACGCGACAAGACCUUGAAGAUCGAAUCAAUGAGAAAUACUCGAAUAAAGUCGUGCAAAAAGUUGGACUCUGCAUCUGCAUGUACGAUCUUGUGAAAGCAUCGGAUGGCUUGAUCGGCCACGGUACAGGCAACGUCAACGUUAAUGUUCAGUUCCGGAUGAUUGUGUUUCGGCCGUUUAAAAACGAAAUCGUGACCGGCCGCAUCACGAAAUGUACAGCUGAAGGCAUUCGAAUUUCUGUGCGAUUCUUCGACGACAUCUUUGUGCCUUCAACCAUGCUUUUCGACGGCUGUUACUACGAUGCCGACGAGCAGACCUGGAUCUGGCACACGGAGCCCGAAAACGAGGACGAGGAGGCCAACGACCUCUUCCUGGAUGUUGGGGACACUGUCAACUUCCGAAUCGAAUCCGAAAGUUGGCACGAUCAAGCACCAGCUGCGCCCAAGGUUAGGAGGCCCGGCGAGCCUGCGCCAGAAUCAGAAACCGAAUACAAGCCUCCCUACUCGAUCGAGGUAUGGUGUUCCAUUUCCAGGGCGGAUGUGUGA